UUCAAUAGUGCAGGGUUGCGGGUACAGGGUUGCGGGUUCUUUGAGGAGGCUGUUUUGCGGUCCCCCUAGCUCCCCCAGCCCAGCACCACCAUGUUCUACUAUCCCAAUGUCCUGCAGCGCCAUACAGGCCGCUUUGCCACCAUCUGGCUGGCAGCCACGGGCGGCACCAAGCUGGUGAAGAGGGAAUAUUUGAAAGUGAACGUACCCCAAACAUGCGAAGAAAUUCUGACCUACAUUCUGGUGCAGGCCCCACCGCCCACCCCUGCCGCCCCCCGGCCCCGCUUCUCCCUCUAUCUCUCCGCCCAGCUGCAGUAUGGGGUGGUGCGGGUCUACAGCCGACAGUGCCACUACCUCAUCGAGGAGAUCCAACAUACUUUGGAGCGCCUGAGCCGGGCCCAGCAGCAGAUCCGCAUUGACAUGGGGGACCUCGAACAGCCGGGGCUGCUGCUCCCUGACAACCUGUUGUUGAUGGAGACCCUAGAGGACGCACCCGACCCCUUCUUUGGGGUGAUGGAGCCACCGCUGCCCAGCCCCACUGACAUCCCACAGAUUCAACAUAUUCUGGAGGCUCCCACCCCCCCAGAGAGACCCACCCCAUCCCCCCGGCGCAGGAGGCCAGAAGCACCCCCCAUCACGGUCGUGUCCCCCGAAAUUAUUACAAUGAAGGAAGUGGAGCCCAUCACUCUGCUGGAAAUCGAGGGCGAGCGCGACCUCCCGGAGAUCACAGCACGUGAGAUCGACCUGCUGGCCGAGCAGGAGGACUUUGUCCUGCCCCCUGCCUCACCCCGUGCCCCCCCCCGGAGACGCCCCAUGGAAGAGCUGGAAGAGAUAAGAGCCCGGGAGGCUGAGAUCACAGCCAGACUGUCACCCCCAACCCGAGUGGGUGAGGAGCCCCCAGCCGAGGUGGAGACCCCCAUCCUGCCCGAGGAACUGGCCCGGCUGCCAAAGGAGGAGCUGCCCCCACUCCCCGAGCUGAGCCCCCCGAGGGAGCCAGGGCUGCCACCCCCUCCCCCUUCCCCAGCUGUGACCCCCAAGGUGAAGCGGAGCCCCCCACGCAGCCCAGAGGUAAGUAGGCGGUCUGGGCCAGCCGGUGGCCUCUCCUGGCCAGGGCGCCCGUGGCUCACCCAUGCCCCCUGCGCCCCACAGCUGGAGCUGGCCGUAUACGAACCAGCCCCCCUGCCCACCCCCCGGCGCCAGCUCCGCUUCCUGGACGAAGUGACCCAGAUCCCACGGGACCAGUUCAAGAAACAGAUCCUGGAUGUGCGGGCCCAGUGCCGGCCCCUGGUGGUGGUGCAGGUGCCAGCCCGGCAGCGGAGGACCCCUGCGGAGCUGCUAAGAGCCCCCACCUAUGGCUGGCUGCCCCCCGAACUGCAUGCCCUGUGGCAGCGCUGCGCCAUCCUGCGGCCCGUGGACUACGCGGCGCUCUGGGCCGAGGAGGAGAGAAAAGAAGAGCCGGUCAGCGAACUGGAGGUUGCACGUGAAGCGCUAGAGCCCAGCAUCCCUGUGAUGGUCUCCUCAGAGAUCUCCCUGGAGACCACCGAGGAGGAGGUGCCGCGCCCCAGCCUGGUGACCCCCGAGGAGAGAAGGUUGGUGCCGGAGCCUGAGGAGGCCCUGCCCAUCGUCCCUGAGCUGCCCGAAGUCAGCCUGGAGCUGCCCCCCGACAGAGACUUGAUCACGCUGGAGUACAUCCGCAGGCUGGCGGCAGCAGAGUUGGAGCAGGUCGAGGAGAUGGAUUUCCGGUCCCUGGUGCCCACCACGACCUCACGUGGCAUCGCCAGCCGCAUCUUCUACCUCUGCCUCGUUCUCUGCGGGCUCCAGUUCCUGCAGCUGCACCAGACUGAGCCCUACGGGCCGAUACUCCUCAAACGUGGGGCCCGAUUCCGCACAGGCUAGAGCUCCUGGUGUCAGGAGAAGAGGCUCCCCCCGCUGACUGGGGCACAUUUGUCUCCCUCUCCCCCGUUACAAAUCUGUUCUAAUUAAAGUGUUUU